AGAGCGUAUUCCGAUCUCAGCACCGUCGCUCGUAGCGUUUCGCCUGUUCGUCCGUCCUCUCUUCCCCCUGCUUCGGACUCCGCCAUGGACGAAAACCAGGUGAAGCAGAUCCUCGAGAAGCAGGUGCUCACCGUGGCCAAGGCGGUGGAGGAUAAGCUCGAUGAGGAGAUCACAGCUCUAGAUCGGCUCGAUCUCGACGAUCUCGAGGCCCUCAGGGAGCGGCGGCUUCAGCAGAUGAAGAAGAUGGCGGAGCGCCGGAGCCGGUGGAUCUCGCUCGGCCACGGCGAGUAUACGGAGAUCUCCGAGAAGGACUUCUUCGCCGCCGUGAAGGCGAGCGACCGCGUCGUGUGCCACUUCUACCGCGAGAAUUGGCCUUGCAAGGUGAUGGACAAGCACUUGGCUAUUCUUGCGAAGCAACAUAUAGAAACCCGUUUUCUGAAAAUUCAUGCUGAGAAAAGCCCAUUUCUGACCGAAAAGCUUAGGAUAGUCGUACUCCCGACUCUGGCUCUUGUAAAGAAUGCCAAAGUGGAGGAUUACGUGGUGGGCUUCAAUGAACUCGGUGGUACCGAUGAAUUCAGUACAGAAGAGCUGGAGGAGAGGCUUGGUAAAGCACAAGUUAUCUUCUUUGAGGGAGAAGCAUCGACGAAUCCUUUGAAGUCCUCUACCACCAAAAGAAGUGUGAGGCAAUCUGAAACAUCUCAUUCAUCAGAUUCUGAUUAGCUGACAAGAAAUCAUACCGAAUGUUUUGUAUUAUGUUUUGGGAUUGCCAGUCUCCUUCCCAAGAUUUCAUUGUUCUUCCAUAUAUGAGAAGAGCAAAUUAUUUUGUUAUCUUGUGCGGUAUAUGUAAUAGUAUAUUCCAAUAGCAUAAGAUAAUUUAUGCUCCCACUUCUUAUAGUUUUCUCCUCUCAGUUAUUUUUAUGGUGCAGUUCAGUAAUGACUAUGGUGUUGCAUUGUACUUUCUUUGUGAUUAGGCAGUGGAAAUUUUGAUUUUAGAGGGUUA